GUUUUCAUAAUAACACUCUAUACUCUAUACACUCUAUAGCUUAAAUGUCUGUGUUUGUCCAUUUAAUAUAUAUUCCCUCAUUAUUAACUGUUUUUCACAGUGUGCAGCAGAGCCAGAGGCAGAAUGUUUAUGAGAACUUCAUGCAGGAGCUGGAGCCGGGUGGCAGCAGUAGUGGUGGUGCGCUGGCGGACGCUCUGCAGGCGUGGGAGUGUGACGGGGAGCAGGGUGAGAGCAGCAGCGGAUCUCUGGGCUCUCUGGAGCAGAUGGAGCUGCUGUUUGAGAAAGAACAGGGCGUAGUGCGCAGGGCCGGCUGGCUGGCCUUUAAACCGCUCAUCAGCCUGCGUAAGGAGCGCAAACUGGAGCUGGUCGCACGCCGCAGGUGGAGGCAGUACUGGGUCACACUAAAAGGCUGCACACUGCUGCUGAGUGAGGCCAAUGGUAAAGGCUGCCCGGAGCAGGAUGCCAGCCCACGUUACGCCCUGCAGGCAGAGGACAGCAUCGUACAGGCCGUCCCAGAGCACCCCAAGAAGGAGCACGUCUUCUGUUUGAGCAAUGCUUUCGGAGAUGUCUACCUGUUUCAGGCUGCUAACCAAACUGACCUGGAGAACUGGGUGACAGCCAUCCACUCAGCCAGCGCCUCACACCUGGCCAAGCGUCAAGGCAAAGAGGACACAGUGCGGUUGCUGAGGAGCCAGAGCAAAACCCUGCUGCAGAAGAUCGACAUGGACAGCAAAAUGAAGAAGAUGGCUGAACUGCAGCUGACUGUCAUCAGUGAUCAGAAGAACAGGAAGGCUGUGGAGAGUCAGAUCCAGCAGUGGGAGCAGAACCUGGAGAAGUUUAACAUGGAGCUUUUCCGAAUGCGCUGUUAUCUGGCCAGCCUGCAGGGCAGCGAGCCGCCCAACCCAAAGAGCCUGCUGGCUGCUGCCGGACGCCCAUCCAAGAUGGCUCUCAGCCGUUUGGGAAUAUUCUCUGUCUCAUCUUUCCAUGCCCUGAUGUGCACUCGUGACGAGGCCACUCUGAAAAGACGUUCUCGCUGCCAGUCUCGAGGUGUUCGGAGUAAGCGGGGCAUUUUCUCCUCUCAGAAAGGCCUGGACAGUCUGACCAGACGAAACCACGAAAAGAGACAGUCCCUGUCCCAGAUAUUUGAAGGACAUCCCCCUGCAACUCUCUGUCAUCCAGCAAUGCAGAGCGGCUCUGAGCAGAGACUAGAUGGUUUGGCCAAACUGCAUUCCACAGCACCCCCUGAAGGACAUUCCUGGGACUGUCCUGUUGAGACCUUGAUGUUGGUGUCCAUGCCUGAUGGCCAGGCCGACAGUGUUCCUGUGAAGCAGGAUUUCCUGGUGGCUGACCUGCUCUGCUUGGCCUGCAAGGGGAGACAGUUGGACCCAGUGUUCCAUUGCUUACGUGUGAAGAGGCAUUUGGGUCAGGACAUGGAGUCCUUCACACCAGCUUCCACUGAUCUACUGAGAGAGCUAGUGUUUGAUGAACUCGAGGUUUGUCCUCUUAAUGUGUUCACCUUAAACAUGUCACGUCCUAACACAGCUAUGGAUUUUGGGUUCGCAGUAACGGGACAUGUGGACGGCUUAAGGCGAAGCCACAUCUACGUUAGUGAGGUGCAUCCAGAAGGCCUGGCGUUCACUGAAGGGCUCAGGGCUGGAGAUGAGAUCCUGGCUGUGAAUGGUGCGAGUGUGUCCACUCUAGAUCUGGGCCUCAUACACACCUUCUUCAGCCAGAACACUCUUCGGUUGGUCCUGCGGCGUGAGGAACCCCUAUCAGACGAUCAGGGCAGCUCAUGGCCCGAGUGUGACCCUGCUGACCCCUACUGCCCUCCUCCACCCCCCAACCACGCACAGCUGGGUUCCUCAGACAUGUGUCAGUUCCUGGAGGUUCCAGGAGAUUCGGUGGUGCCUCUUUCUGAGGAGGUGCGUGACAAGGCUGAGGGCCGCAGAAAGAGUGUGGAGACAACGUGCACAAUGUACCAGCCCUUCCCAGAAGAUCCAGGCCUGUCUGUGGAUGGCUAUAGAAACCCGUACUCCACCGACAGCGGCCCUGCUAGGGGCAGCCCGCGACACAUGUCCGUCACAGAGAGACUGCGCAAGGUCAUUCAGGAGCUGGUUGACACAGAGAAGUCGUACGUGAAGGACCUAGGUUGUCUGUUUGAAAUCUAUCUGAAGCCUUUAGAGAGACAGACGUUCCUCAGCCAUGGAGAGAUGGAGUCUCUGUUCGGCAGUCUGCCAGAGAUGCUGGACUUCCAGAGGAUUUUCCUGCAGACGCUGGAGGAGAGAACCACCUCAUCUCCAGACUUCAGGACACUGGAGACACCAGAGCAGCUUAGGAAACUGCUUUUCUCUCUGGGUGGAUCCUUCCUGUACUACGCGGACCACUUUAAGCUCUACAGUGGCUUCUGUGCCAACCACAUCAAAGUCCAGAAAGUUCUAGAACGAGCAAAGACAGACCGGGCAUUCAAAGAGUUCUUGGAGGCGAGGAACCCCACCAAACAGCACUCGUCCACGCUGGAGUCCUACCUCAUCAAGCCUGUACAGAGAGUGCUCAAAUACCCUCUGCUGCUGAAAGAGCUGGUGUCCCUGACUGACCCCAACAGUGAGGAGCACAGACAUCUCACAGAAGCAUUGAGGGCAAUGGAGAAGGUGGCCAGCCACAUCAAUGAGAUGCAGAAAAUCUAUGAAGACUACGGCACUGUGUUUGACCAGCUGGUGGCAGAGCAGAGCAGUACAGAGAAAGAGGUGACAGAGAUUUCAAUGGGAGAGUUCAUCAUCCACAGGUCUGCGCUCUGGCUGAACCCCAUGCCCUCGUUGGGCCGCAUGAGGAAAGACCCUGAACUUACACUCUUCAUCUUCAAGAGAGCAGUUAUUUUGGUGUAUCGUGAGAGCAGCAAGCUGAAGAAAAGGAUGCAGACCAGCUCCCGCUCUGGAGAUCUGGACCCCUUUAAAUUCCGCUGGCUCAUUCCUGCCUCGUCUGUACAGGUUCGCCCUGGAAACUCAGCAGGAUCUGAGGAUCCUUGUCUUUGGGAAUUAGUUCACACUAAGUCGGAAGUAGAAGGAAGACCAGAAACAGUCUUUCAACUCUGCAGCAGUAGUUUGGAGAACAAGGCCAAUGCAGUGAAGGCCGUCCGCUCCAUCCUGAGAGAAAAUUCCAAAAGGAACGUUCCAGCUGAAAGAGGAUCCAGAGAUAAUCUGACAUUUCCCAGGAGGAGCCACCCAGCAGCAGUCAGAACCAGCUCCUGGCUCCAGAGGCUCCAGCCACAGACAGAUGGACUUAAGCGCAGUCCACUGGAUUCAGAAGAGGGCAGACUUGGUGGAGAUACACAUUCAGAACCUGCAUGUGCUCCCAGAAAUGAAAGCUCCUCUCUUAGCAAGAGGGCCAGGCUGUGCUCCCUGACCGGCUCGCUGGAGGCUCAGCUUCAGAGACUGAGCUUCAUGGACCCACAGGAAGCCACCCACAAGAGCUCUGGCGGCCUGCAAUCCAGUCAGUUGACCCUGCUGAAGGAUACAUCUGCAGUGGGCCUCAACAACCCGCUGGCUAGAGACUGCAGCAUACAGAACCUGAGCUCUGUCGCAAAUGAAGACUGCUUCUAUGAUACGGUUAUGGGCAUCCAGAAAGCUGCCAUCCCCACACUGUAGAUACAUAAGGGUUCAUCAGUUCUGGUCCUGGAGGGCCUUAGUCCAGCAGUUUGGGAAUUUCCCUGCUCAAACAUACUCAUAUCCAAUAUCUUUUCUCUAAAAACUUCUCAACUUCAAAAUUAGCAAUUUUUAUCGAAGCACUUCACUUAAAUUGAGCAUCUGAAAGUAGACUAUCAUGCUCAAACUGUCCACGCCCUCUACUACACCACAGAAAGAAAUAAUAAUAGCAUCACCUCACACAGAGUGAGUGAAUACUAUUUAGAGUUGAAGAGAAUAAUCGUUUCUAUAUCAAAAUUGCUAUUUGAAAAACUUUCCAAAUUGCAAGAGGUGCAGUUUUAAUUAUAGCCCACAUUAUCAACAAUAUUGGCUCAGGUUUUAAGUGGGGGAGUUUGACUUAAGAACACAAAGCUGUAAACUGCCAUAGAUGAGUUAGACCUGGUGGUUCCCAACACAGUCCUCAGGGCCCCCUAGACGCCCCACAUUUUUCUUUCAUUCCUGUUUAUCCAAAAAUGUAGACUGUCUGGGUGGCUCUGGGGACCAGUUGUGAGAACCACUACGUUAGAUCCAUUAGAAGCAGCCAAAUAACCAACAGGUAGAACACUACAUUUAACGUUCGAGCCUCGAGUCAGAAUCAGUGGGUGUUCUGGUCUUCUUGGCAAAAUAACAGGCCUGGACCUUAAUUUAUAGAAAAUAGGCAUAAUAUAAAUCACACUCAUAAUAUGGGUCAGAAAAAUUGUUCAGCUCUUUCAGUGCUAUUUCAGAGCAGAUUUGUUACAGAAUUGGAUUAUUAAUAAUUUUUUUUUCUCCAAUAUCUGAUUCUGCACUUUCUGCUCAUAUCAUUCUGAUAUUGACACCCAUCAAUACGGAUAUGGCACCACUGAAAAACAGUUAAUUGUUUACCUAAAACAAAGUGCGCUACAGUUCUCUGCAAUGUUCAUAUGAUCCACAUGGUCAUUCCGACAGAUUGCAGUACACUACGUGAAGCACAGGGGCGACAGGGCCUCUAUUGUUUGAUUCCACCGUAAAAGAAGUUGCCACACAGAUUUAUCAACUUUGUAACUGUAAGAUCCAUUCUUUCCUACAAGGCAUGACGGUUUGAUUAAAUGUCUAAAAGUCAAUAGAUUCAUCAAUUACAGAAAUAAUAAUUAGAAGCAGCUCCAGAUCCCAGGUGUAGUGGGUGUGUUUGAGCAGGUGACUGUGUAGCCUCACAAGGCCAGACGUGAUCUCAUAGUGGGAAUGUCUAGAGACAAACAUUUGAAAUUUUGGGCUAAAUGUAGGAGGGAGUGUAGACUGAUUAAGGGGGAAACAACCUGGGUGUGAUGUUUCUAAACCUGGUGAGCAUUAACCAACAGACAACAAGCCCGUAGUUAGCCCAUGGAUGUAAUAAUGCUAAAAAAAUCCCACAAAAAAUCAUGUGGUAAAAAGAAACCUCUUGCAAGGGAAGACAGUUGAGGUAGCGUAUCUGUAGCUAUCUUGUUUUGUUUGUGUUAUUGAUUGUAUUGACAUUAAAAGAACACAGACUGUGCAGAGGGGGUAUUUACAGAGUCCUGCUGGUGAGAUCCGAUUUAAAUAAAAAUAGUGUGUGGCCUUAUUAAUGCGUUGCAAUGAGAUCCUAACGCGUGGCCAUGACUUAGUAAGGCAUAGGAAUGAGAUAAUUAAACUGUGGCCACCACUUAGUAAGGCGUGGGAGCAUGAUCAUGCCUUACUACAUUAGGAUCUUGUUCUCACGCCUUACUGAGUCGUGGCUACGCAUUAUUUUUAUGUAUACAGGAUGUCACCAGCGGAGCUCCAUAGGUAUUCCCAUGUUAGUGGUGGAUGUCUGCACCAGAUGUUUAAGAAGUUGCCUCCGGGCAUCUGUUAUUGUUAUGAGAUCACGUCUGGAAUGGCUAGACUCGUAUUUGCCUUGGACUUCACUUCUCCAGGACCAGAAUUGCUGCAGAGGAUGCCUUGGCUUACCGAGAAUACGCACAGCUUAAAGUACAUUUGUGAUAUUUGGCAGACACUCUUAUCCUUAAAGCUUAACCAUGUUACAGAGGAUGUAGUGUUGGGAGUCUUGCCCAAGGACUCAUUGGUGUAGCAUGGAGAAUGGAACGUCAGUAUGGAGGCCAGUGGUGUUAUCCUGUACGCUACACCACCGGCUUGCUUUAGCAUAUGCUAAUUUAGCCAGUGGCUUUUGCACAGAUGCAGUGGACCUAAAGACAUGACGGAUUGGCUGACUACAAUUGUUGGUCCUCAAGCACGCUGCCUUGCAUUCUGAGCUCUACAAAACACACGUUGCCUUGAUUAGCUUUCUUGAUACAAGCCAAGAAGAUUUCACAUUUGUGAAUACUGUCUUUAUAUUUAUACUGCUUUCUGACAAAGGCUCUUCUUAGUUCAGUACUGGAACAGCUUGAUUUAAUCAUGUUUUUAUGAGCAGGAAAAUUCUGAGAAUAUUUUCUAAGUUAUAACUGUACAUCUCCUUCGUGUAUUUUGAUUCAGUGUUGAUUAUUUUUUGCGAUGGAUGUAGCAUGACUCUCAUUUCUUAAGUUAAAUACCUUUGAAUACGUUUCUUUGUUGUUUACUGUAAUUUACUGUAUUUAAAGUACCUCCUGAACUAUAUUGUCUUUUGUAGUGUUACUUAAUUUAUUUGUAAAAAUAUGCUAUAUCCACCACCUGACCAGCUCUUGACCUUAAAAUAAGCUUAUAUUGUAAUAUUUAAUAAAAUCUCUCUUCUACUCUUCCA